AUGAAUCCCAUAACCAAUAUCAAGAACCAGAACAAGUUAAAUGAGCGCGAACUUCAACUGGGUAUUUCCGGCGAUCUGGGUAAAUCAUGGCAUCAGAAAUACAAAGAUUCCGCAUGGAUCUAUAUAGGAGGUUUACCUUAUGACCUGACAGAAGGUGACAUCAUCACAGUUUUCUCACAGUUUGGCGAAGUGAUACACAUCAACUUGCUGCGUCAUGCGGAUACGGGAAAAUCUCGAGGUUUUUGCUUUCUGUGCUAUCAGAUCAAAGGAGUUACUGCUUCUAGUUUGUUGAAGCGGAUGAUACGAGUGGAUCACGUCGAACAGUACAAAGUGCCUAAAUAUAAGGAAAACGCAGACGAAGAAACCAAGCGAUUAUGGGAGGAAGGUUGCGCUCCUAAGCCUAUUCAAAUAACUGAAGCUGGUAUGUGGAUGACGUUAUGCAGUUGUUUUGAAGGCAUCAUUCACUUUCAAGUAGUUUAG